AUCCCCCCUGGGGGGCUGGCUGGGGAUGGGGGCGUCUCCUCCUGGAGGUGGAAGGCGCCCCCUCCCUAUGGAGGAGGGGGCACGAGGCCUGGUUUCAGAGCGGCGUGGGACCACCUCCUGUCUCCACGCUGGCGUUGCACCCUAGAGCUGGGGGGCCAGGGGACAGAGAGGCCUUCUCUCGCUUGCAGGGGGUGGGAGCAUCUCCUCUUGCUGAGACAAGGGGUCGGUCUCCUCUCCUUGCCCCAGGAGUGGCAUGCAGGAGCGUCUCCCUCCCCCCUGCCCCUUUAACCCCCCCCCAGUCUUUGCAUUAAGGCUCCCAAGAGCAGAGAGGGACCCUGGUGACCAGGCAGUGGCCUUGACCAUGAAUGGGACAGACCGCUACUGCUGGUAUGUGUCCCUGGUACAUCUCAUGGCUGUUGUGCUGUUAGCUGGGAGAUGUUGGGCACUAACCUCGGUGGAAUAAAGGAGUCCAGGGGUUAAGGUGACCCUGUCACUGUAUAACACCAAAAAGCCAAAUAGGCUUUAGUGCCCUGAGCAUGGAGCCGUGGCUUAUCUCAGUGGCAUGUGAUCAGCCGGGAAGUCCCAGCUAGGGCUUCUAGAGGAGAGAGACCUGGAAGCAGAUCAUGCAGAACCUGCUAAAACAGAGAAUAACUAUCCGGUCUGGAUGAGCUAACCAAGCACUUGGCUGCUUAGGGAGUGGGCACGGGUCAAAAACGCAUAGAAGGAGACUCUAAUUUUUCAGGCUGCCCUGCUUGAGGGAACGAAGAGGCUCGGUUCUGGUUCGCAGUGCUGGACAGUAACAAUGAUGGUGUCUUUAUGGCGGCUUCGACCCUGGGAUGAUGCACAGUCAAGCCCAUCAAAACCGGCCAAGAUGUACAGUCGCUCAGGAAGACCUGAAGAGUGACUUGGCUUCCAGACUUGGCACCAGCGGGAAUGCCAGGUAGUCACCCCAGCACCAGCAGCACCCCCUGCCUGGGCCACGCAGGGCUCUGCUCUAUCCUCAGCCCCUCAUAUGCUCUGCAUCCUAGGGAUAGAAGAGACCUCCAGGGCCAACCAGUCCAGCCACCAGGUUUCUGUGACAUUUUGCCGGGGGGAGAGUCCAGCAGUUCAGGGAGAUGACCUUGCCUGUUGGUCAGGCAGAGCAGACCGUCAUUGGGGGUCUCUGCGCAGCAGGAAGCCGAGGCCACGGCCGUGACGGGUGUGGAGCCAUGAGUGAGUCUGUGGAGGGGGAUCCCCAGCUGGAUGGGGCUGGGCUGCUGGAGCCAGGAGGGCUUUGCCAGAGUCGGGAGCAGAGCCAGCAGCGCCAGACAGAGAGGCGAGUCAGGAGCUGCCCCGGGGGCGGAGAGAGCGUGGGCGAUGCCACGGUGAGGCCGUUUGGCUGCGACGGCUGUGGGAGGCGUUUCAGCCGCAGCUCCAACCUGCUGCGGCACCAGCGUGUGCACACUGGCGAGCGCCCUUUCCCCUGUGCCGACUGUGGGCGCCGCUUCACCCAGAGCGCCCACCUGGCCAAACACCGGCGUCUGCACAGCCCUGUCUCGCCCGCGGACCAGGCUCCCUCGACCCCGCCACGCAGCUACAGCCGCAGCCCCGAGUUCCUGCGGUUCCGACGGGCCCACGCCGGGCAGCGCCCCUUCCCCUGCCCGGACUGCGGCAAGCGCUUUGAUGCUGGCUCCGCCCUGGUCCAGCACCAGCGCAUCCACACAGGUGAGCGUCCUUAUGGCUGUGGGGACUGCGGCAAGCGCUUCCUGCGGGCGCCUGACCUGGCACUGCACCAGCGCAUUCACACUGGCGAGCGCCCUUUCCCCUGUGGGGACUGCGGGCGUCGCUUCCUGCGUGGCCCUGACCUGGUGCUGCACCGGCGCGUGCACACGGGCGAAAAGCCCUAUGAGUGCACGCAGUGCGGCCGCCGCUUCAGCCGCGCCCCUGGCCUGCUCCUGCACCAGCGUGUGCACACUGGUGAGCGCCCCUACUCCUGUGCCCUCUGUGGCCACCGUUUCAGCCGCCGCUCCAACCUGGCCCGCCACUUGGGCACCCACCAGGACGGGGCUGCUGCUGUGGGGCCGGCCAGAGCCCCUAGGAAAGGGUCCCUGGACCCUGGGCUGCCACACAUCAAGCGGCAUGGCUGCCCUGACUGUGGGAGGGUCUUUGCCCAGCGCUCCCACCUGUUGGCCCACCAGCGUGUGCACACAGGCGAGCGCCCCUUUGUCUGCCUGCAGUGUGGCAAGGCUUUCAGCCAGAGCUCGGUGCUGGCGCGGCACCGGCGCCUGCACAGCGGCGAGCGUCCCUUCCCGUGCGCUGACUGUGGGCGCCGCUUCACCGAGAGCGCCGUGCUGCUGCGGCAUCGGGCCGUGCACAGCGGUGAGCGCCCCUACUGCUGCACCCAUUGUGGGCGCCGCUUUCGCUUGCGUGCCAACCUGCUGCAGCACCGCCGGCUGCCAGCCUGCAGCGGCCAGGCACCAGGAGAGGGUAGUGCCCUGGUUGCACCCAGCCGCACCCGCCUAGAGUCUGGCGGCAAACCCUUUGGGUGCGCUAGCUGUGGCAAGCGCUUUGGGCGCCGCUCCACACUGGCGCGGCAUGGGCGCAUCCAUGCUGAGCGGCCCCAUGAGUGCAAUCAGUGUGGGCGGCGCUUCAGGCUGCCAGCCCAGCUGGCUGAGCACCUGCAGGUGCACAGUGAAGCCCCUUAUGAGUGCGCCCGCUGUGGUCAGCGCUUCGCCCAGAGCCGCAGCCUCAUCACCCACCAGGCUGUCCAUGCAGAGACCCCCACCCGCCUCUCCUUAGCGUGGCCAGACAAAGGCACCCAUGGUGUCCCACCAGAAACUGCACGCAUGGAAAGAAUCCAGGAGUCCCUGUCACCGCUUCUGCCCCAGAGAUGAAGACACAACGCAGGAGUCCUGACUCCCAGCCCUCCCUGGCUCACCUGGUAGCCCCCAAAUGUCCCUUCCCCCCCAAAUCAGGGCUAGAUCUCAGGAGUCUCAACUCCCAGCCCUCUUGGCUUCCCUUCCACUGGUAGAGGACUGGGGGUUAAAGCGGCAGAGGGUUGGGAGUGGGAAUGCCUGGGCUCUCUGUCCCGCUGCGGGAUGGGAGUGAGGCUUCUGGUUCAAGCAGGAGGGAGCACUGGUUCCCAGGACUCCAUGCUUCCCUUUGUGACUCUCCUGCAUCGUCAAGGGCAGGUCAUUUGCCUCAUGGAGGACUGGCAGUUCAUUUCUUUGCCUGGCAUCCCCUGGUGAGGCUUGUCUCUGUGGGUGCAGGAGGUCCCGAUCUCCCAGCUCCAGCUGUUUCUGGCACCUUGCUGCUUCUUGCGAAGAGGGGAAGGCCCCCCUGGCUGGGUAAGAGGUGGUGGUUGGGAUGGGCGCCAACUUCUCUCUGGACUUGUGUUUUUCCAUUGACAGGUUUUCAUUAAAGGAAGGUUAACACCA